AUGGCCAUACAGUUGGGUAUUUUGCGACGGUAUGGUCUCCAUAUCUUGGCUGUCGUUGGACUGAGCUGCUUUCUUGUCUUGCUGUAUCGCGAUUUCACUCGCGACGCUGACAUUUCGCGCGAUCCCUUGACUGCGCCCCUUGACCUCGAUGUGCCCACUCUCUCCCCAUUGCAACCGCCGCCCAUUGCACCGCGACAAUCGUGCGUGGGACCCAGAGGAAGGUCCGUGCAGAAGAAUCUCGAUGACAAAGUAUGGGCAAGAUCGUUAGACUCGCCCUUUCCGAACCCUGUGGGCGGCUCGUUUGCGGCAUUGGACCUACCUCUUACCUUCAACACUCCGGACUCAAGAUACGGUGCCUAUGGUCAUAAUGAAGAGUUGGAGAGUUACGAGCGAACGCGCGUCCAGUGGAGCUCGGUAAAGUGGGCGGACUUGCAGAAUGAAUGUCUCGCUUCGAACCUGCGUCGUUUCCGCAACCCGGAAAACAUCUCCACGGCGAGAAGGUUUCGCAUGCCUACAAAGACUGGCUUUGAGGAAUUGAAGGCGAGGACAGAUUCCACAGGCCGGUCGGCGAUUGUGCUUCGUACUUGGGAAGGUUACAACUACACCUCCCUAGACUUGUACCAUUUGCGGUCACUGAUCGUCGAGGCUGGGCUGGAUUUGAAUGCGGACAAUGCUGUCUUUCUGUUGGUGGAUGUUAAGGACGAGAAUGGGACGCGACAGAUCUUCCAUGAUUCGCAGAGCUAUGAGACAGCACUGCAAGAUUUGGUGCCUGCCGAAUUUCGAGACAUCGCCGUGCUGUUCAACCUCGACUUACUCAAGUCGUGGUAUCCGCGAAUCUCUGAACAUUCGGCUUUCUUCCAAGUCUACCAGCCUCUUCAACUGUUUGCACAACUCUUCCCUGGCUUUGACCACUACUGGCAGCUUGAGAUGGACAUGAAAUUCACGGGCAACUCCGGGCAGUGGUUGGCCGCCAUGGCAAAAUUUGCAAGGAAGGAGCCCCGGAAACAAUCAAUCGAACGGUCUUCAUAUUAUUAUAUGCCACAAAUCCAUGGAUCUUAUGAAGAGUUCAGAGCAGUCAUCAACGAAAGCCUGGGCGGUGGCGGCAUCUGGGGACCCAUCCGCAUCCCCGAUAUCGAACAUCCCAUCGGGCCUCAACCGCCCGUUGCUGAUCCUCACGAGGACAGUUUCGAGUGGGGUGUUGGGGAGGACGCUGACCUCAUUCUAACAAACGCUUUAGCGGAUGUGAGGACGACCAAGUACUGGCCAUUCAAGGGUUGGAUCCAGGGUUUUCAGCAGGGGGAAGACACCCCGCGAUUCUACAGCCCAGUGGCUAUAGGGAGAUAUUCAUGGAAUCUGCUCAACGCAAUGCAUCACGCCCAGGUCCAUCAGGGUUUGUCUUUGUCGUCAGAGGCGACGGCCGUGUCGUUUGCGCUCUACCACGGACUCAAAGUCGUCUUCCCACCUCAUCCUUGGUACCACCAUCCUCAGGCACCCCGGGAAGUGAGUGUUCAAGAGUUGGAACAACUGUUCAAUGGCGGCUCGCCGACCGACAACGCUCGAGAGAACAAUGGUCUCUCAUUUGGAAAAGCAAUGUACGAUCCUAACGGCGUUUACGAGCUUUUCAAUGGCGGGACGUGGUGGUGGGUGCCCGGCUACCCCGGGAGAACAUUCAAACAAUGGAUGAAUCAUGAUGCAACAAAUAUACCCUCGAUGCUACGUGAAGAUGGAGGCAAUCUUUGGGCGCCUAUGAUGGCUCUACACCCCGUAAAGUCUGGCGCUAACGCAUAA